AUGUCCAGACACCGAGUAAAGAACAUCGGAUAUGAUGACGAUGAUUAUUCUGAUGAUGGAUACGACUCGCCUGACCCCGAAGAACAGGAAUUCCUGCAGCGCUGCACCCAGGAUGUCCUUUCGCAGCUCCGCGCGGGGCAGCCAUCGGUGACCGCUACGAAGGAAGAAGUCCAGGAAGCGCUAUGGCAUUACUAUAAUGAUAUAGAAAAGUCUGUCAACUAUCUACGAGGCAAGAAGGAGAAAGAAGUAAAGAAGCAGCAGACGCCUGCCAUCUCGCAGAAGAACAAGGCUCAAGUGCCGAUUUAUCCUGCGCCCAUUUCUCCUCCGAUAGCGCACUUCUCGGCCGCCGAUUUCUUUCGUGACUCUCCCUGGCUUAAUGUUCCAUCUCACCGAAAAGCCGAUAUUCUGGUAGAGCCUUUAUACCCCCGAAUGGGACUGUUGGGUGGUGCGCCUGAAGCUGGCGGCAAAGUGUCCAAACUGGCUGCACUGGCUGCAGCGCGCAAACAGAAAGAAGGGAACAAGACUUCUUCCCCACCGGAGGGUUCGCAGGCUGAAAACCCAGAAAAGUCAUCGACCGAGCAAAAGAUCUCUUUGCGUGAUAGGCUCGCUGCAAGCAAAGCCGCGAAGCCUGCUGAAGGUCUGGGUGGGUUGCGCCGUUUGGCGAAGCCUGUACCUGCACCACCUCCAGCCGAAAAACCGGUUUCACCUGAACCAGUGGAAACUGCUCCAAAUGUUGAAAAACCUGGCCUCACGGAGCAAGUUGAAGAAGCGUCCAGUGUUAAGCUAGAGCCUACACUGCCGGCAGCUGAGAUCCGCGCUUCGCCCUCCAUGUUUGCUAGUGCCAUUGUUGGCAAUCAAUCAGGACCGACUAGGGCCGAGCCUAGCCAUAUACCUUCGCAGAACGUUGAUUUGCUCCAAAUAUAUGGGCAGGACCAUACUGAACCUUUUGACUUUGCAGGCCCUAGCCCCGACGAUGUGGUGCUUAAUGCCCAAAAUACAGCUAAAGGAUUCAAGUCCAAAACCCCUGCCUCCAAGGCAGGUGGUGACAAGAAGGGCCAAGCUGAUCUUGCCGGUGGCAUGAAUAACCUCUCAGUUGAGGAGAAAGUGACUGUCAAGAGCAAGAACUUGGAUGUCCUCGCGGAAUACAGCAAGUCAACACGGAAGAAGUCUGCCAACUUCGUAGUAAUAGGCCAUGUCGAUGCUGGGAAGAGUACAUUGAUGGGGAGGUUGUUGGCGGACCAGGGUGCGAUAGACCAGCGAACAUUAGACAAAUAUCGCAAGGAGGCUGAGAAAAUCGGGAAGGGCUCUUUUGCCCUGGCAUGGGUGUUAGACCAGGGGUCAGAGGAGCGUGCAAGAGGUGUUACAAUCGAUAUUGCGACCAACCAGUUUGAGACCGACACCACGGCCUUUACCAUCGUUGAUGCCCCCGGGCAUCGGGACUUUGUACCCAACAUGAUUGCCGGAGCUAGCCAGGCAGACUUUGCGGUCCUGGUGAUUGAUUCUAGCGUGGGCAAAUUUGAAUCCGGUCUCAAGGGCCAGACUAAGGAGCAUGCUUUGCUAGUGCGCAGCAUGGGUGUCCAGAAGAUUGUGGUGGCCGUCAACAAGAUGGAUACUGUUCAAUGGGACAAGGGUCGGUUUGAGGAGAUCGAGCAACAGAUCUCAUCAUUCUUGACAACCGCCGGAUUUCAAGAAAAGAACAUUUCUUUCGUUCCGUGCUCCGGCGUGCUAGGAGACAAUAUCAGCCGACGCAGUGAAGAUCCUCACGCAUCAUGGUAUACUGGACAGACCUUGAUUGAGGAACUGGAGACCUCGGAACCUUCCACCCACGCACUUGAUAAGCCACUGCGCAUGACGAUCGGUGAUGUUUUCCGUGGUGGUGUGCAGAAUCCGAUCUCCAUUUCUGGCCGCCUGGAUGCCGGCAGCUUACAAGUUGGCGACCAAAUUCUGACCAUGCCCAGUGGUGAGACAGGCUUGAUCCGCAGCUUGGAGGUAGAUGGGCAGACUAGUGACUGGGCUGUGGCCGGUCAAAACGUUGUGUUGAACCUGGCCAAUAUUGAUCCAGCACAUUUGCGCUCUGGCGAUGUGGUGUGCCGUUCAUCUUCGCCGAUCCCCACCAUCACCAGCUUUACCACCAAGGUUCUUGCCUUUGAGCAUCUGAUGCCUAUGCUCGUGGAUGUUCAUCGAGGCCGCCUUCAUGUCCCUGGCCGGAUCAGCAAAUUAGUUGCGACCUUAGAUAAAGCGUCCGGUGCGCCUAUUAAAAAGCGGCCCAAGAUUGUGGCACCAGGCACAGUGGCGCGAGUGGUCGUGGAGAUGGACACUGCAGUGCCCCUUGAGGCACCGACCAGGAUUGUUUUGCGAACUGGCGGAUCGACUGUGGCGGCCGGGUUGUUGGAAUAG